UUUCGGCUUUUGAUUCGGUUUUGUUUAUGGUUUUUGCGGCAGGAUCAGAUUUUUAACAUUUUUUGCGAAUUUUGCGAGCUCAAAAAUGGAAGCACUGAGGAAUCUCAAAUUCGAAAAAGAUCACGAUGGAACGAUCGACGAAGCGUCCACAACGGAAGCGGAAGAUUCGGCAGUGGAGCCAGACCCGGAGCUGGAAGCGGAAAUAGCGGCAAUCGAACGGGAAAUCGACGGCGACUACAUCGACGAGGAGAUGCUCGUAUUUGCCGAUUUCGAAACCCAUUUGGCAGCUGAUGAACUAACAAAUCCAGACAUAAGGAUUAAGGUUAUUGGGAUCGACUCGGACAAUCCGGUCAUCCAGAUCAACGACGAUAUCUACCGGGGCUCGUACGACUUCGCGAUGGGGACAAACGUUUUUCUGGAAGAGGACCCUGAGGCCAAGAGUAAGAUCGAUCCACUUUACAGUCUCGAUCCGCCCAAAAUGUACAAAUACGGCGGUCAAAGUCAGAAGGUGCUUAAAAUGAAGCGAAUUUUUGCCACGCCCAAGGCGGACGUGGCCACGAUUAAAACGGAACCGGAAGCUGACCUGCUGGAAGAGACCAAAACGACGAUGGACGAACGCUAUCUGGUGACGCGGUCCUACGAGGAAGCGCUCAACUUGCAUCUGCCCUUUGGAUGCUUCCCGCCGCGGUUCAUCGAAGGCGAGCAGAAUGGGGAGAAGGUUGUCCACCGGAAGGCCACGGCACUUACCAGGGUGGACAACGAUAUGGAAGACGACGCCGCCGCACGGGACGAUCCCCGAGAUGUGGACUACAGGCCGGGGAUGGAAACGUGAAAAGGGUUGUUUAACGCUAAGAUAUAGUUUAUAAACGUAGUUAUUAGUCAUUAAUUUAACAGUACGUAGGGCACUUUAGAUAUACUGCAGUAAAAAGUGUUUAUUUUUUUCUGUCGUAUUAGUGCACAUUUGAAAACACUGAAUGAAAUGAACAACUUAUUGGAAAAUACAAAUCUCUCACAUCUA